AUGAACUUUACGAAGUCGUUAAAUCCUUUCGACGAUGACUAUGAAAGUAAUGAUGACUGCAAUAUUUUAUCUAACCCUGUGGAUAAUAUAUCAUGUCAAGUGAAUAGUUCACAUUUAUCCACUGACUCAGCAGUUAACGGUACUAUUAUUUCUACUCCAUCGGUAUUAGAUUCAUCAUCAUUGAGAGCAGCCAAAAGUGAUCACAAGUCUACCCAACAAAUAUACUGCAGUCCUUUACAUCUUGCUGUACAACACAAAAUGUUUGGAAUAUUCGAAUUUUAUCUUGAAAACAAAGUUAAUGUUGAUUGGUUGCUGUUGAAUGAGUCUGGUGAUUCGGUCCUCAGCUUACUUUUGUGGUCGGAGCAGUUUCAGUUGGUCAAGAGAAUAUUAGAAUCUAUGUACAAUCAAUCAAAGAAUACAUCAGCUAGUCAUGACUCUAAAUCCAAUGAAUCCGAUAACGCUAUUCAAUCAUUUCUAAAUAAAAUAUCCACAAAAUGUAAUAAGCCUUCUUUAUUGAUUCAAUCCAUUGAACGUGAUCAAUUCGAAGUUGUAAAAUUCUUGGUCGAACAUGAUGCUGAUAUUAAUGAGAACGAAACUGAUUCUCAGUCAUAUAUUAACCCUCUAUGGACUGCAUUGAAAUUGAGAAGAUGGACAAUAGCUGAUUAUUUGGUGAAUCAUGGAGCUGAUGUUAAUUCAUGGGCACCGUUUAAUGAAACAAAUGCAAAAAUCACUCUACUACAUCGGGCAAUCCAUGAGAACAAUGAAGAGGCUGGUGUGUUUCUAGUGAAACGAAACUGUGAUGUCAAUGCAUGUGCACAGUUUGAUUAUUCAGUAGAUAAGAAAAGAUCAGAACAUAUUAUACCAGAAUUAGCUCGAUCCCCACUGCAUAUGGCCACUUUAAUUGGAAUGUAUGAACUCGUUCAAAUACUUAUCUCCAGUAAUCGUGUAUAUAUUAACCAACAGGAUUAUAAUGGUGAAACUGCCUUACAUUUGGCAAUUAGAUCAAAAAAUGAAAAACUUGCCAACCUGUUAAUUGAAGCACCUCAAAUAGACUAUGCCGUUCGUGAUGCACAGGCAUACACCGUAUUUCAUGUAGCUUUGGAUUUACGUCAACGUACAAUUGCACAAAAUCUUUUGAAAAAAGACCCUUCUUUAGCUUUACAAGUUGAUAGUUCAGGUCGUAAUUUUCUACAUAUUGCAAUAGAAAAUUUCGAUCGUGAAGCUAUUUUUCUUCUCAUUCAAAUUGGAGUUGAUAUGAAUGCUUGUGUACGUGAUGCACAUCGUCUCACACCCUUCCAUUUAGCAAUUAAAACUGGCGUAGAUGAGGAUAUUUUACGUAGUUUGCUUCUUGCUGGUGCAUCUAUUAACUCACAGACACCACAAAAACAAUACGGUCUUCAUUUGGCUGUGAUUUACAAUAGACCGGAAUUAGUACAUUGUUUAUUAGAAAAUGGAGCUGACCCCAAUGCUCAAGAUUCAGAACGUAAUACACCAUUACAUUUAGCUGUUCGACAUGCUCGAGUGGAUUGUCUUGUAAAAAUGCUCAAUCAUUCCGCUACAAAUUGUUAUUGUAUAAAUAUCAGAGGUCAAUUGCCGAUUCACUUGCUGGCUCAACAUCAAGGUCCAGUCAGUGUUGAAAUGCUUGAGUAUUUAUUGGAGGUAUCUGUUGCCAAUCAAAUUAAUGCCCAAGAUGCUGCUGGCAAUACUCCAUUAAUUCUCGCAUAUCAAGCAGGAAACAUAUCACUUUGUACCGCAUUACUUCAAGCAGGUGCAUCUUUAGGAAUUAUGAAUUCUGAAGGGGAUACUGUGUUUAGUUUAAAUAAAAAGAAAUGUAAAAGUUCAACUCCUGGACGUGUUCUUUCACAAUUACUAGAUUCACUUAUUCAAGAACCUCGAUGGGAAGAUGGUUCUGUUUGUGUUGAAUGUUGCGUGAAGUUUGGCAUAACUAACAGAAAACAUCACUGUCGCCACUGUGGACGUUUACUUUGUGCUCAAUGUUCAGCAUUCGAAAUACCAAUUGUGAAAUAUGAACUUUCUAAACCAGUUCGAAUAUGAAAGAGAUUGUUAAUGAAAAUUUGAUCAAGUUUUAUUGGGAAGGAAUAAAAAUUUAUUGAUGAUUGAUAUUUUCUUGAAUUGUUAUCAUCAAAUAGUGAAUAAAGGAUCACUGAAUAGCUGUUUCAUUUUAAAUUGUGAGUUAUAGAAAUGAAUUAUAGAUAAAAGGUCCAAUUUUUACUUCAUAUACUUUUGUUUGAUUUAGCCAAGUAGAGUAUCAUUAGCAUGGCUCGAAACCAAAUAUAUAAUGCUGUGCCUUGUUAAAUGAACUACACUUACGUUCAAAUUCAAUGAUUUUAAUUUUACUGAAGUAAAACGUAGAUUUAUACUAAACAGACGAACGAAUUGUCAACCGGUCGAUCGUCAUCAUACAUAUAUUGUAUGUUCAGCUUGAUUGAAAAAGUCGUUAUAUAAAUUUAACAAACAUCUAACCAAGCACUCUAACUUCACAAAAUACUAGAUAAAUUUGAAAAUAUUUAGCAAUAAUCCAGCCGAUGAAUUAUGUUCUUAUUAGAUAAAAAUAUUGUUUAUGUUUGGUUAACAUUUUUGAUGAGGAGAUUUUCUCGUAAAUUGUCUUCUCAUAAGCGGUUAUAGUUAUAAAAAUAAUUGUUAAGAAUAUCACUUGGGAGAUUGGUCAAACGAUGUACAUAUCACUUAAGUAUUACUAUUCAUUGUAUUUAUUUGCACUUGUUUUUUGAUUACUUAGUCACGUAGGAAAGCAAAAUGUAUAGUUUCAGUUUGGUUACUGAUGUGAAUAAGUUUGGACAAAGUGCCUGUAGUUAAGUGAACAUUAAAAUCUGCAUGUUAGUGAUGGAUAGUUAUUUCAUUACUAAAGUAUUUCGGAGGUCCCUCGUUCCGAAUAUAAAUGAUAAGUGUUUCGGAUAUAGCAACCAGCGACGACCAGAUAUGCAUUUCUAUUUGGUUAGAGCAUAAUCUGUUGACGAGAGGAAGGAAAUUUUCUCUACUUUAGUUGGUAUCUUCAAGUAACUUUUAUCGUCAAUAGUUAUAUCAUUUGGUAAGUUUAUAAUUAGGUGUCGGACAUCAUAGGUGUGCGUAUUCUUAUUUUUCCCAAAAUCAUGUGGUGAUAAUGUCAAGAUUAAAUGAGCUAUCAGAAUAAAUCGUAAUUUUUUGUAAUCGAAUUACUUUUAUUUCCAUUCUUUUAAAAUAAAUUAGAAAUUGACUUUUUGCUAUGUUUAUGGCUUGAUUCGCUAGAUUUUUGUUUUUGGUUAAAAUGAUUCUUUUUCUUUAGUUAUCUUUGUAACGUAAGCCAUAAAAUGUCAAACAAGCAACAUAACUUACUUCUCAAAAGCCUAGAAUAUUGACCAUUUGAAAAUAAAUUUCAGACUGAACAUAAAAAGUAUAUUCAUAAUUUUUCCGUUACUGAAUCAAAUGAAUAAAAACUCGAUGUAUUAGCACUAUGUCUAAAGUUCUGUGAUACACGAAACCACAUAAAUUAUAUAGAUUCAGACAUCCAAUUUGAAAACCUAAAUUAUCAAAUAUCAGAUCCAUUACCGACCUCCGAUCAAGAACUUGAACACUUGAAAUCAAAUCUGGCUGAUUGUUGUUAUUAGUUUAAAAACAGUAGGUAUAAUUACACAAGAAUUUUAACUAAAAAACACAAGUAGACUAUCAAUGAACUUAGUAAUGACUAAGAUUUAAUUAUUACGAAGCCUGAUAAAGGAACAAGGACUAUCCUACCUAACGAGAAAGACUAUAUUGAAAAGAUGAAUAACAUCUUAAAUAGAUACCUAAAAUUCCAGUAACUGAGUGACCAAAAAGACGUCAACAAUAAGGUAGAGAAUGAACUGAUCAGGUCUUUAAAAAAGCUCAGGAAUCGACAGGUAAUUCGACCAAACACAUACAAAACAAUUAAGCCGAUAAAUACGUAUUUACCUAGGUUAUACGGACUACCGAAGGUAUACAAACCUGAUAUCCCAUUGAGACCAAUUUCAAACAUGUAAGAUUCCCCUUAUUAUACCAUAAUAAAGUGGUUAGUAACCGUUUUAAACCCACUCCAAAAAUACUUAAGGAAGCACAGUAUUAAGAAUAUAUUCUACUUCGACGACAAGAUCAAAAACAUAAAGAAUAAAGGACAAACGAUAAUGUUUCCAUAUGUAACACCAUUGUUUACUAAUGCUCCAUCCAGGGAGACUGUACAAUAUAUAUGUGAACAACUUAGAGAAGAGAAAUAGAAGCUGCAUUCCUUGUGGAGAUCACCAAAGAAUUAUUAUUGAAAUGUACUUUGAUCGUAAACUUCAAAUUCAAUUGUGACAUAUAUAGACAAAUAGAUGGUGUUGCGAUUGGUUCACUCCUAGGUCCCAUAUUGGCUGACGUUUGCCUCGCUAAACUUAAAAACGGUCCACUGGCACAUCAGAUUGACAAGUUUUCAUUUUACUACCGAUAUAUGGACGAUGCGUUCAUCCUUAGGAACGACCGUACUGACUUGAUGAUUUAUUAAAGUUCAUCCGUCUAUAAAAUUCACAUGCAAAGAAGAAUAACGAUUCUAGAUGUUCUAGUUAUUUUAACACAUAGGUAUUGGUACAAAAAGCCACCAAAUACAUAUGCGCCACACGAAUCUCAAUUGAUUUGUGUGAGGGCUGUGAUACUGCCCGUGUGCCCAAACCGAAGCAGGUGGUUUUCUUAGGGGGCCCAACCCCGAGCCUUCUACCUGAACGUCUGACUCACAAGGCAGUGGAGCAUCGUAAGGAGAUGCAGUCCCAUGGUAGCCGGUGAUCAACGAUUGGUUCAUACGCCAUUUGUUCCUUCAGGAUACUGGAGCCCAUAUGCACCAUUGAUUUGAGAUCCGGUUAAAGCGCCGGACAUUCGCUUUUCGUCCUCUCAUUUUCUUAAGCAACACCCGUGGUGUGAGAAGGCAGUGAGUAGGACUUCCCUGGCAGUGGCUGUAUACGCGUGGCCGUGUAAGAGUAUUUUGAGAGGGAGGGCAAACGCAGCCCACUCUCGGCCAUACCAGGGCAUUUGGGGGCAAAUGGAUGAUUAAGAAGAAACUAAAUAUUUUUGAGCUGUAUUAUAGUGUUUACUUCUGCAAGAUUAUAGUUAAAAUCAAUAUUAUGCAUAAAUUCACUUGUGUUUACUCAACGCGUUCAAUUUUGAAGAAGAUACAAAUAAUUUUCCCGGAACUACAUUUCUCGAGUUCAUCUUUAUUCUGACAAAAGUGCUGAGACGAGCUCAUAUACUGAGUUCAAAAAAUGUAUUAAAACAAUGUAAGAGUAUUUCUCCUUGAUGUAUACACAAUUCCACGAUUAAUCAUAACUCAUUGAAAAACUAAUUGCUUCAGUUAACCUACAGUUUAAUAUUUAUUACCUUAUAUUUUAAAAUAAAUUUUUUCCUGAGAUUUUCUGUAGUGAUUAAUUAUGGAUUCCUAUUUGCAGUCGAAUAAUAAGGAUCGAUAGUAAAUGAUUAUAAUUUUCUAUCGAAUCAGAUAUUCAUAUAUCGCCUUCUAGCAGAAGAAACUAGGGAAAUGGACAAAUUUCAAAUCUUUUCAUUACAUUAAAUGAAUCAAUACAUUUUUUUGAGAUCAAUAGUACCAUAGCAAACCUUCUUCGCACUGUUUUUUUCUUCAGAUUAAAUGAUAAUAACAAGGUUUGUAGAAUGAAGUGAAUUUAAAUAUAUUGUAAAGUAUCUUGGCUACAAAACCUAUACAGUUUUGAGGGUUUAUUUAGUUAUAAACACAGUUUUGAUGUGGAUUAGGUAGUGACGUUCAGAUGGUUAUUCAAAAUAGAACCGACAGUUGUAAUACGAGGAAUGGGACAAAAUAUGAAAUUAAACAUUAUUGAGAUUGAUGUUCCUUUAUUUGUCGAAAGAUUAGUCAUCCAAAUUAGAAAUGGGGUUGAGGUUAUAAUUACUAAUAAUCAUAAAAAAAUUAAGGGAUUGUAUAAUCCUAAUAAAAAUAAUAAGUGAUUACACAAUAGAUUGAAAUAAUUUGAACUGAAAUCAAAUUCAUACAAGAGUAUCAAUUAAAUCAUGUAAAAGAUAAUAAUUAUUCAAUUACAAUCGUUAUAAAGAUGGCAAAGAAAGUCAUUUGAGUCUUUCUUGUUCCAUAAAUAAGUUCGUUUAUAAAAGUUUGAUAACAGCUAACUCCCUAAAAUAUUGUAAAAUUGGCGCUAAUUAUUCGUUUUGAAUAGUAGAAAGAUAUUUUCAUUUUGUCUGCUGUCUACCAACUAUAUCAUUAACGUAUGUCAAAAAAUUGUUUGUAAUUAUAUUGCUCUUAAUUUUAGUCCGUUUUCAACUAUGUAAUAGAAUGAAUUCAUUUUAUUCUGUGAACCUUGUUAUUCAUUAUCUGUCAAGCGAUCUAGUUGCAUAAACGAUAAUAGUUUACGUCAUGAUAGGAAUUUCGUUAUCAGUAUAACUAAAUAUUUAUUCUGUAGUCAGAUUCAC